GAAAUUGAUACGCAACUUUCACAUUCUUUACAAUCUUAACAUACACUAAUCAAUAAAAUUUCGGCGAAUAUGAAUGAAAAACGAGUACGUUUUGGAAUCAUGGGCUGCGCCAACAUUGCGCGUAAGAUGUGCCGUGCCAUUGCGCUCUCACCAAGCUCCACCCUCCAUGCCCUAGGAAGUCGUUCGUUCGACAAGGCAUCAAGGUUCGCGGUAGAAAACGGUUUCCCGGGAAAAAUCUACGGUACCUAUGAGGCGCUUCUUGACGACCCUGAUGUUGACGUCGUGUACAUGCCUCUACCCACGACCCUGCACGUCCAGUGGGCCGUCUUGGCCGCGAAGAAGAGGAAGCACGUGCUGCUGGAGAAGCCGGCGGCUCUGAACCUGCCGGCGCUGGAUGAGAUUCUCGAUGCGUGCGAAUCUAAUGGUGUUCUAUUCAUGGAUGCCACCAUGUGGAUGCAUCACCCUCGGACCGAUGAGAUGACAGCUCUUCUGUCUGACGUCCAGCGUUUCGGCCAACUCAAGACGAUCCACUGCUGCUUCACGUAUGAAGCGGACCGUGAUUUUCUUCACAACAACAUUCGAGUAAAGCCUGACUUGGACGCCCUCGGUGCCUUGGGCGACAUAGGGUGGUAUUGCAUCCAGGCAAUCCUUUGGGCUGCCGACUAUGAACUGCCGGAAACCGUAACAGCUUGGCGAGAGCCUGAGUUCAAUGAAGCCGGGGUGAUUCUAUCUUGUGGCUCCUGUUUGUGUUGGAGAGAUGGGAAAAUCGCGACGUUCUAUUGCUCUUUCCUCACCAACUUGACUAUGGACCUAUCUGUUCUGGGAACAAAGGGGAAUUUGCACAUUUACGACUUUGCUGUUCCUUUCCAGGAAACUAGUGCGACUUACUAUAGCGGUUCACAGUUUAGAUUACCGAUACUAAGUGAGCACACUGUUGCGAACGAUCUUCCUCAGGAGGCUUUAAUGGUCAAGGAGUUUGCCAAUUUGGUUGGCGAGAUUGAGCGAAAGGGAUUGACACCCGAGAAGAAGUGGGCGAGUAUUAGCAGAAAGACACAACAGGUGAUGGAUGCAGUCAAGGCGUCGAUUGAGAGAGGUUGUCAGCCUGUUGAGGUUGUGACCCGUUAAAUUGAUACUUUUACUCAUGAUCAGGCUAUUCCAAUGUGAAAGCGAAUAAAUUUCCUAACUUGCGGGCGCCUCAUUGUGUCAAUAAGUCGCCAAUGACUCUGAAAUUCCGUGCGCCAGACUGGUCGAGCAAUUCAACUGGAUGCUACGAUCUGGCACUACAGGUUGAAGGCCAGUUUGAAUGCUAUCAAACAUAGAUGUUAUGUUCAAGAUUGCAGAAAUUGAGAGGAUCAAAAUACAUCGAUAAAAACACGAAUCAGAAAAACAAAAAACUGUCAUUUAUUAGCAUUUUGAAAUGACCUUUUCCUACUUUCUUUGAAAAUCAAA